GGCCGCCUCGCGGAGAAGGAAGGAGCCUCCCCCUUCCUCGUCGCCCCCCUCCCCACUUCCCGUCCAGCUUGCUGUCGCUUCCCCCUCCGCGGGCCUCGGGGCGCACGGAGCCUUCCCACGGCCGAGAAGCUGGAGGAGCCUGUGGGGUGCAUGCUGGGCGGGGGACCCCAAGGCGCCCCGGCCGGUGGCGGCGGGGGCCACUGCACAGCAGUGGCCCCGAGUGCCCAUAUUUCUUCUUUGGGAGACAGACAUACUUUCCCCACAAGGCCCUGGGAUCAUCAAAUCAUUGGCAGCCGGGAUUGCUUACCACCUGCAGCGUCUUUUCGGAGGAGGCGACUGGCACGGAGGCCGGGCUACAUGAGAGGCACAGCUGGGCCCCAGAUCGGGUUUCUCUACCCAGCAGUGGCCACUCCGUUACGGGCCCAGGGAGCGGUGUGCGGGGAGGAGUCCCUCCAGUCUGAGUCCAGGGCCAGACACUGUGGCCUUGAACUUGGAGGCCAGUGGCGAGGCCCCUCUGUUGGGAGCCCAGCAGCCUCGUCUCUGACCAUUGUGGGCCACCCAGGCCUGGCUCUGACCGCUGUGAGGGGACCCUCGGGGCUCUUUGGGAUUCAGCUCAGAGCUGACACCAAACUACCUGCCAGGCUCACCACGUCGUGUGGCCCUGGGGACACUGGGUGGCAGGGGGCGCUCCCACCCAUGGACAGUUCUGAGGCCCCAGGCCCUGGCCGGGAAGCUGCCAGAGGUGAAAGAGCAAAGGGCACCUGGACAAAAGGCUGUCUGUCCUCAGAGGAGGGGAAUGGCAGCAGGUGCAACCUUGAAAGUGGCCCCAGGGUCCCCUCUGCCCCGGCCGGCUCUCAGGAUGGCUUCACCUCCAGCUUUAGCUUCAUACAGCUCUCGCUCAGCUCUGCUGGGGAACGUGGGGAAGCGGAAGGCUGCCCGCCGUCCAGAGAUGCUGAGGCCCCUUGUCAGAGCCCCGUGGAGACGGAAGCCAAGGACGCCAGCUUGGACAGUCCCCACGCACACCCUCGACUUCUCUCUCCCCACUUCAACGUCAAGGCUGCUCAGAGCCUGGCCGACCCUGCCCAGAUGGCAGCAGGCAGCCCCCGGCUGGAGUGUGAGAUGCGUUCUUUACCGGACGUGGACACUGCCUCCUCCUGUCCCCUGGUCCCCUCGUGGUCAGAGGGCAGCGGCGUGGGGGAUGCUCCCUGUUGGGAAACACUACUCAGGAGGUGCGAGCCUGUGCUGCUGGACUGCCUGCUGAGUGACCAGAGGCAGCUGGAGGUAAAGUCCUUAAGAUUAAAGCUUCAGAAACUUCAAGAAAAAGCAGUUGAGGAAGAUGAUUAUGACAAGGCCGAGGUGUUAAGACACAGAUUGGAAGAGCUGGAGAAGGAGAAAGGCAGCCCACACUUCCAGCUUCCUUCGAGGCAGCCGGCCCUCUGCAGCCUCCUGGGCCACCUGGACGCACAGGCCCAGGCAGCCUUGCACCACAGGGCCUCCCAGCUGGCCAGCAGUGAUGGCGCCCAAGCCCUGCUCAGAAUGGAGCCAAAGCGGUUCGAACCCACUGCCCAGGACGCCCUGCGUGUAUCCAUCACCAGACGAGACUGGCUUCUUCAAGAAAAGCAGCAGCUGCAGAAAGAAAUCGAAGCUCUCCAAGCAAGAAUGUCUGUGCUGGAAGCAAAAGAUGAGCAACUGAGAAGGGAAAUAGAAGAACAAGAGCGGCUGCUCCCGUGGCAGGGCUGCGACCUGGCCGCCCUGGUGGGCAGGCUGUCCCUGGGCGAGCUGCAGGAGGUCAGCAAGGCCUUGCACGACACCCUGGCCUUAGCCAACCAGAUUCCCCUCCAUGCAGAACCACCUGACGCCGUAAGGAGCCUCCGGGAACGGAUAAAAACCCUCAACUUGUCACUGAAGGAACUCACCGCUAAGGUGUGUAUGAGCGAGAGAAUCUGCAGCACUCUCAGGAAGAGAGUAAAUGAUAUUGAAAUCCAACUGCCGGUGCUGCUUGAAGCCAAAAUGCUAGCCGUAUCAGGAAACCAUUUCUGUACAGCCAAGGAGCUCACGGAGGAGAUGAGAUCACUAACAUCGGAGAGGGAAGGGCUGGAGGGACUCCUCGACAAACUGCUGCUGCUGAGCUCCAGGAAUGUCCAGAAGCUGGGAAGUGUGAAGGAAGACUACAGCAGACUGAGAAAGGAGCUGGACCAGGGGGAAACUGCCCACGAAACGAGUGUGAAGGAGAAUACCACGAAGUACAUGGAAAUCCUUGAGGAUAAACUGCGUAGCUGCAAGUGUCCACUGCUUGGAAAAGUGUGGGAAGCUGACUUGGAAGCUUGUCGGUUGCUCAUCCAGAGCCUACAGCUCCGGGAGGCCAGGAGCGCCCUGUCCACAGAAGAGGAGAGGCUUAUAGAAGACUCAGGGGGAGAUACCUGUACAGCCACUCCUGCCACCCCCUCCAGGCUCCACUCUGAAGACGAGAGGAGGAUCCCUUGGCAGGCCUUCGAAGAGUGGCAGGUUCACCUGACCGCAUCUCUGCACUGCGCUGGCAGCGAACAGAAGGAGGAAUCUUGGGUCCUUUCUGCCAAACUUGGAGAAAAAUGUGAAGCCAUCGACAAGAAGCUCUUGUACUUGGAAGAUCAGCUGCACGCGGCAAUUCACAGUCAUGAUGAAGAUCUCAUUCAGUCUCUCAAGAGGGAGCUCCAGAUGGUGAAGGAAACUCUGCAGGCCAUGAUCCUGCAGCUCCAGCCAGCAAAGGAGGCGGGAGAAAGAGAGGCCUUAGCUUCCUGUGUGACAGCUGGUGUCCGGGAAGCGCAGGCCUGAAGCAGGACA